AUGGCGGACGAUGAGACAUUUUAUUAUCAAAAUGACGAUAACUCAGAUGCAGCAAGUGAAAAUACAACAGAAGAAAUGUUAGUUAUCUAUGAAAAUGCAAAGUGUGCUCAAAAAAUUUGUUCAGCAUUAUUAGAGCGGGUUGAAUACUCAAAAACUGCCAUGGAAUCCUUGAAGAGGAAUCAACAUUGUUAUGAAGAGUAUUUUAAAAAACAAGAUUAUUAUAAUAACUGGGUUAAAUUUAUUAAUAUACUAGAGGAUAUUAAGAAGUUCGCUAAAGAAGUCACACAAUUACCAUGGUACAAAAAAUACACAAAUGGUAUUGAAAUUAAAAACAAAUUUGAAAAACUUAUCAAAGAAUUUGAAGAAAUUUGUGAAGCAAUAAACUUUAAAAGAACUAUGUAUAAUGCGGAAAAAAAAGAAAUGGAAGCAAAAGAUGUAACUGAUGAUCUUGAACUUUUAAAAAAGACUGUAGCUACAUUAAAAUCGGACAUUGAACGAAUUAAUUCUCAACUUCCCAGUGGUAAUACAAGCGAAAAGCCUUCCGUGCCUCGAAUAGAUCCAAAUGAAUUAAAAGAACUAUCUUAUAGUGAUGUACGUAGUUCUAAAAAGGUCACUGAUGGAUUUGAGGCUAGAGUUUCAAACUUCAAACACAGUUGUAAUAUAUCUGAGAGCUCAUCUGAAAUCAAGAACUUGCCUGACGUUAUCCGAUGGCUAGCUCCAGAAAUGAUGCUGCAAACAACAAAUAAUUAUAACAUUCAUUCUUGGGAUGAUGAUCCUCUAAAACGCCCUUCAGAUACGGAAUUGCAGUUAAGAUUUAAAAAGCUUUAUGAUGAUCACAUAACUUCUAAAAUGGUUUCUCCUCAAAUACGCUCUGAUGAUAAUGUCAAAGAAUUUCCAAUUUUCGAAACUCCUGAU